UCCCGAAUUCAUCUGUUCCAUCACGCUGCUCCCAUCCCUGGCCGUGUCUUCCCGCGCUGAGAUGGCCGCAGAGGUGAGGGUGACGGGAUGGGACAGAUGAGAAGGGACGGGGGAAGCGGCCGGGGGAGAGGCUCGCUGCCCAAACCCGCCACCCCUGCAAAUGCUGACGGAAGAAGCAGGAGCACGUGAAUGAGCCAGAUAAAAAUAAAAACUUCCAUCACUUGGAAGAGAGGGCGACACCUAUGGAAAGUGCCCCACGGGGUCUGGGCGGAUGUGACCUAACGGGAGGAUGGCAGGGCGCUCGCCUUCCUGGAAUAGCAGCGGGCCGCGGAGAUGGCUGGAAGCGGCUCCUCCACGUGGGGCUGAGGCUGGAGCCGGAGGAGGAGGCUGUUUGGAGCUCGGCCCCUGGGGCAGACAGGAGCGGAGGGCUGCCCGGGGAGGACAAGGCAUGCCGCGUCGGCUCGCCUCCUGCUGCAUUUGGCCGCCGGUGGUCGCGGGCUGCAGCUCCCGGUGCCGCAGCUCUCACCGGGAUGCCUGCUGGAGGGAGAGGAGGAUUUGUACACGCUCGUGCCAACGACGUGAAUCACCUCGGCCUUUACAGGGACGAACCCACGCCUCCGGGGCCGGCUGCCAGCCAGCGCUCCCCUCCAGCGAGGCCGAGAGGGGCCGAGGCUCGGCGGAGGCUCCGGGUGCUCCCUCCCCGUGCCCUCCCGACCCGGUGCGACCCGGCUCGGCCACCCGUCCUUCCCCUGCCCGGGGCAGGCGGUGUGGACUCAGUGCUGCAGCAUCCUGCCGGGGCUGUGUCAGCGCUCAGGAAUCCGGAGAGAGAGCUGCGGGGAGGGAGGGAAGCCGGGAGGGAGGCCAGCGCCUCGGGGCUGCGCGCCUGCUGGGGCCUCUCCCAGCUGCAUGGGGGGCACCGGAGGGAGGGCAGGGGGGUGCUGGGGAAGAAGAAGAGAAAAUCCAGGCCAACGCUGGUCCCGGAGGCAGGGUCAGGGCCGGGCGAGCGCUGGGAUAUGGGGAUAAAGAUGAACAAGUCCCUUCUGGUUGUAAUUUCUGCUCCCGAUGCGCACACCCUGCGGGGCCCCCCCCGGCUGGGCGAGGGCUGCCUGGCCGCGCCGCCCCAGGGGGAGCGGUAAUGAAACGCAGGGCUGCCUGGGAGGGCAGGGGAAAAAAAGGCUCCGGCUGAGGUUUUGUGCCUCUGGUUUCCUCCAGCAGAGUGAUUUAUUGGCGGUGGAGAGGGGGAGGGAAGGGCUCGGAGCGGCGGCGAGGCGCAUGGCGAGGCAGGUACGGGGCUCCUCCACGUGCCCGAUGCGGGAUGCUCUGGCACGUCACCCCGUGGCACGUCGCCCCACAUCCUUUCACCCCCCUCUUCCUCCUCCUCCUCCUCGCCUCCGACCUCAGCUGUCGUCUCCGGUAGCUCAGGGGCUUAAUCCGAGCCCCAGGACAGGUCGAGGCACAUCCAGCGCCAUGCGUGCAGAUGCAGGAAGGAGCACAAACAAUCCCCAGGGAAAAUAUUCCACUGCUGCUCUUCCUGGCACCGAGCAGUACCGGGGGGUGGAAAGACCUCGCCGUAAAAAUACUGCGGGAGGCUCAAGCCCCAAAUCUGCCUCCUCCUUGGGGACCUCAGCCUGGCCCAGCAAGGGGAAAGCCGCAGAGGGCGCAGCGUCCGCGGGCUCGGCAUCGCCGGCGCCACGUGCUGCCCGCUGCUGGACUCUGCCCUCGGCCGCUCUCCUCCUGUUUGCUUUGGCAAGGCCCGGGCGGGAGGGCACGAACGGGCCGGGGCGGGGGGGGAAGGAGAACGGGGAGGGAAGUGGAGGAGCGGAUGGGGAGCGCGGGGAAGGGCAGGAAGGACACAGCUGGCUCAGAAACGCCAGGAGGGCAGGAAGGAGGGAGCGGAGCCGGGGAGGGAUCCCCCUGCAGCCAGGAGGAUGCCCCCUCCCUUGCUAAGCCAGGGCCCCAUCCUGAGCCCGGCUGGGGUUUCGCUAGCAGCCAGCAGGAGGAAGUGGCUCUUUGAGCAGCAGAGGACAGAAAUCCCCGUCGGCCUCGAGCCACCGAGCGCGGGUGAGUGAUGAGCUGCACCGGCACCGAGGAUGCUCGGACUCGGCACGUGCUCCGUCAGCGCCCCGGGCAGGGGGGCUGAGCUGGCCGCCCCCCCCCGCUACGUCCUGGCCCUGCCCGAGGAGGAGACGUGGCGCAAGCACCGGCUCGGCCUGAUGCAGAGCACCCAGUCCUGCAACCUGCUGGAACCCCAGAGCCUGGCCGAGGCGCUGGUGUCGCGCGCCGCCAGCUUCGAUGCCCUCUACCAGCCCCGGGAUGGCGACGGUGGCAGCGCCCUGGACCUGGGGCAGUACGUCCCCGUCAGCCCGGACGUCAUCAAGCGCCGUCGGGGCGGGCUGAUCGAGCAGAGGGACAUCAUCAAGGCGCACGAGGCGCACAAGAUGCAGAGCACGCCGCAGGCACGGAGGAAGGAGUGGGAGAUGGCUCGCUUCGGGGAGGCGGUGGCCGGCAGGCUUGGCUCUGGAGAUGGGGGCUCCGAGCAGAACCGGAGCCGGCAAGGAGCUCCUGCCCCUGCGGGAGGGACCCCGGGAGCCUUCAAGCAAACCAAAGCGCAGCGAGCCCGGACUAUGGCUCUGUACAACCCCAUCCCCGUCCGGCAGAAUUGCUUCACCGUCAACAGAUCCUUGUUCCUCUUUGGGGAAGAGAACAUAGUCAGGAAAUACGCCAAGAAGCUCAUCGACUGGCCGCCCUUCGAGUAUAUGAUCCUGGCCACCAUCAUCGCCAACUGCAUCGUGCUGGCCCUGGAGCAGCACCUCCCCGAGGACGACAAGACACCCAUGUCGCGGAGACUGGAGAAGACGGAGCCGUACUUCAUCGGGAUUUUCUGCUUCGAGGCUGGGAUUAAGAUUGUGGCUCUGGGCUUCGUGUUCCACAAGGGCUCCUACCUGCGCAAUGGCUGGAAUGUGAUGGACUUCAUCGUGGUCCUCAGCGGCAUCCUCGCCACGGCCGGGACGCACUUCAACACACACGUGGACCUGCGCACCCUGCGCGCCGUGCGCGUCCUCAGGCCCCUGAAGCUCGUCUCGGGCAUUCCCAGCCUGCAGAUUGUGCUGAAGUCCAUCAUGAAGGCCAUGGUGCCUCUCCUCCAGAUCGGCUUGCUGCUGUUUUUCGCCAUUCUCAUGUUUGCCAUCAUCGGCCUGGAGUUCUACAGCGGGAAGCUGCACCGAGCCUGCUACACGAACAAUUCAGGUGAGCUGGAGGAGCUGGACCCCCCCCACCCAUGCGGGGUGCAGGGUUGCCCCCCGGGCUACGAGUGCCGGGAGUGGAUCGGUCCCAACGACGGGAUCACGCAGUUUGACAACAUCCUCUUCGCUGUGCUGACCGUCUUCCAGUGCAUCACCAUGGAAGGGUGGACCACAGUCCUGUACAACACCAAUGAUGCCUUAGGAGCCACCUGGAACUGGCUGUACUUCAUCCCCCUCAUCAUCAUUGGAUCCUUCUUCGUCCUCAACCUUGUCCUGGGAGUGCUGUCGGGGGAGUUUGCCAAAGAGCGCGAGCGCGUGGAGAACCGCCGAGCCUUCAUGAAGCUGCGGCGCCAGCAGCAGAUCGAGCGGGAGCUCAACGGCUACCGGGCCUGGAUAGACAAAGCCGAGGAAGUCAUGCUGGCUGAAGAGAACAAAAAUUCCGGGACCUCAGCCUUAGAAGUGCUCAGGCGAGCCACCAUCAAAAGGAACCGGACGGACACCAUGAACCGCGACUCCAGCGACGAGCACUGCGUCGACAUCGCCUCCGUGGGCGAGCGGAGGCUGGCGCAGAGAAGACCUCUCCAUCCCACCCUGGGUAACCCCUUGAGCCGCUCGGGCCUGAAAGGCGCCAGGGUGGAUGGUGCCUCCUAUCUGCGGCACAAGGAGCGCCUCCUGCGCAUCUCCGUCCGCCACAUGGUGAAAUCCCAGGUCUUCUACUGGAUCGUCCUGAGCCUGGUAGCCCUCAACACCGCCUGCGUGGCCAUUGUGCAUCACAACCAGCCGGCCUGGCUCACACACUUCCUCUACUACGCAGAGUUCCUGUUUCUUGGGCUCUUCCUCCUGGAGAUGUCCUUAAAGAUGUAUGGCAUGGGGCCACGCCUGUACUUCCAUUCUUCCUUCAACUGCUUCGACUGUGGGGUCACGGUGGGAAGCAUCUUUGAAGUGGUUUGGGCCAUCUUCAGACCAGGAACCUCCUUUGGGAUCAGUGUCCUACGAGCCCUUCGUCUCCUACGAAUAUUUAAAAUAACCAAGUAUUGGGCAUCCUUGAGGAAUUUGGUGGUCUCUCUGAUGAGCUCCAUGAAGUCUAUUAUCAGCCUGCUCUUCCUCCUCUUCCUCUUCAUUGUGGUCUUCGCCUUGCUGGGCAUGCAGCUGUUCGGAGGCAGGUUUAACUUCAUUGACGGGACGCCGUCGGCCAACUUCGACACUUUCCCCGCAGCCAUCAUGACGGUGUUCCAGAUCCUGACGGGUGAGGACUGGAACGAGGUGAUGUACAACGGCAUCCGCUCGCAGGGAGGCGUUCGCUCGGGCAUGUGGUCCUCCAUCUACUUCAUCGUCCUCACCCUGUUCGGAAACUAUACUCUGCUGAACGUCUUCUUGGCCAUCGCAGUGGACAACCUGGCCAACGCUCAGGAGCUCACCAAGGACGAGCAGGAGGAAGAGGAGGCCUUUAACCAGAAGCAUGCCCUUCAGAAAGCCAAGGAAGUCAGCCCCAUGUCCGCCCCCAACAUGCCGGCUAUCGAAAGAGACAGGCGCAGGAGACACCACAUGUCGAUGUGGGAGCCGCGCAGCAGCCACCUGCGGGAGCGGCGCCGGCGGCACCACAUGUCGGUGUGGGAGCAGCGCACCAGCCAGCUGCGUCGGCACAUGCAGAUGUCCAGCCAGGAGGGCAUCAACAAGGACGAGCCCCCGCUCAUCAACCCCCACGCCAGCAUCUUCCGACGCAAGAAACCGGGCGACGGCGUCGCCUUGGAGAAGUGCGACGAGGAGCAGGGCGGCAAGGGCGAGCGGCCGCCGGCCGAGGGUCCCGAGCAGCCGGCCCCGGGGACCAAGCCGGGCAGCGGGGAGGACAGGAGGAGCCCAUCGCCCCGGGCCAGGCGGGACAAGGAGCUGUGGCACCAAAAAGCGUGCCACGGGAACUGCGAGCCGGGCGAGGAAGGGGCAGGAGGAGGCAUCGAGGAGAGGGCGCGGAUGAGACAGAGCCAGCGGCGCAGCCGGCACCGGAAAGCCAGGAUGGAGGGGAAGGAUCCGGCCCUGGGGAGCCGCUCGGGCAGCCAGGAGAUGGGGCUGGAGGAGGCCGGCCCCACGGAGGGGGCGCAGGACGGGGACCGGCGCGGAGAUGCUGCCACGGCACUGGACCUGAUCCAGGGCGAGCCGGAGGCGAGCGGGGAGCCUGCCAGGACUAACGGGGUCCUUGCUGAGGAAGGGAGCCCCCCGGCAGCGGCACCCGAGCCCCCCCGGGGGCUGGAGGGCAGCCUGGGCGAGCAGGACUGCAGCAGCCCGGACACCAGCGAGCAAGCCCUGCUGGGGGGAGCGGCGCUGGGGGCCAGCCGCACCGUCAGCCGCAGCGAGCCCGACCUCUCCUCCGUCACCGCCAACACCGAGAAGGCCACCGAGAGCACCGCCAUCAUGAUCGAUGUCCAAGAGUCCGCUGUGGUACAGAUUAGCAACAAGACUGAUGGGGAAGCCAGCCCCCUGAAGGAGGCAGAGAGCAAGGAGGACGAGGAGGAGAUGGAGAAGAAGAAGCGGAAGAAGGAGAAGAGCGAGACGGGCAAAGCGAUGGUGCCGCACAGCUCCAUGUUCAUCUUCAGCACCACGAACCCGGUGCGCAGAGCCUGCCACUACAUCGUGAACCUGCGCUACUUCGAGAUGUGCAUCCUCCUGGUCAUCGCCGCCAGCAGCAUCGCCCUCGCGGCCGAGGAUCCCGUCCUCACCAAUUCUGACCGUAACAAGGUCCUGAGGUAUUUUGACUACGUUUUCACGGGGGUGUUCACCUUCGAGAUGGUUAUCAAGAUGAUUGACCAGGGCCUGAUCCUGCAGGACGGCUCCUACUUCCGAGACCUCUGGAACAUCCUGGACUUCAUCGUGGUGGUGGGAGCGCUGGUGGCUUUCGCCUUGGCGACCAACAAGGGCCGGGAUAUCAAGACCAUCAAGUCCCUCCGUGUGCUGCGGGUCCUGAGGCCCCUGAAAACCAUCAAGCGGCUGCCCAAGCUGAAGGCUGUCUUCGACUGCGUCGUGACGUCCCUCAAGAACGUCUUCAACAUCCUCAUCGUAUACAAGCUCUUCAUGUUCAUCUUCGCUGUCAUUGCCGUCCAGCUCUUCAAGGGGAAGUUCUUCUACUGCACUGACAGCUCUAAGGACACGGAGAAGGACUGCAUAGGGAACUACGUGGACCAUGAGAAGAACAAGAUGGAGGUGAAGUGCCGGGAGUGGAAAAGACACGAGUUUCACUACGACAACAUAAUCUGGGCAUUGCUCACCCUGUUCACAGUCUCCACCGGCGAGGGUUGGCCCCAGGUGCUGCAGCAUUCGGUGGACGUGACGGAGGAGGACCGCGGGCCCAGCCGCAGCAACCGCAUGGAGAUGUCCAUUUUUUAUGUCGUCUACUUUGUGGUCUUUCCAUUCUUCUUUGUCAACAUUUUCGUGGCUCUCAUCAUCAUCACCUUCCAAGAGCAAGGAGACAAAAUGAUGGAGGAGUGCAGUCUGGAGAAGAACGAGAGAGCCUGUAUUGACUUUGCCAUCAGUGCCAAGCCCCUCACACGCUACAUGCCCCAGAACCGGCACACCUUCCAGUACCGGGUCUGGCACUUUGUGGUCUCCCCGUCCUUUGAGUACACCAUCAUGGCCAUGAUCGCGUUAAACACCGUGGUGCUGAUGAUGAAGUACUACUCUGCUCCGUACACCUACGAGCUGGCCCUGAAGUACCUGAACAUUGCAUUCACCAUGGUCUUCUCCUUGGAGUGCGUCCUCAAGAUCAUUGCUUUUGGCUUCCUGAAUUAUUUCCGGGACACCUGGAACAUCUUUGAUUUCAUCACCGUCAUCGGCAGCAUCACGGAGAUCAUCCUGACGGACACCAAGCUGGUGAACACGAGCAGCUUCAACAUGAGCUUCCUGAAGCUCUUCCGAGCAGCUCGGCUCAUCAAGCUGCUGCGCCAGGGUUACACCAUCCGCAUCCUGCUCUGGACGUUCGUGCAGUCCUUCAAGGCUCUCCCCUACGUCUGCCUCCUGAUCGCGAUGCUUUUCUUCAUCUACGCCAUCAUCGGGAUGCAGGUUUUUGGCAACAUCAAGCUGGAUGAGGAAAGCCACAUUAACCGGCACAACAACUUCCGCAGCUUCCUGGGCUCCCUCAUGCUCCUCUUCAGGAGUGCCACCGGGGAGGCAUGGCAGGAGAUCAUGCUGUCCUGCCUGGAGGGCAAGGGCUGCGAGCCGGACACGACAGCAACGUCUGGGCAGAACGAGAACGAGCGCUGCGGCACCGACCUGGCCUACGUUUACUUCGUCUCCUUCAUCUUCUUCUGCUCAUUCCUGAUGCUCAACCUGUUCGUGGCCGUCAUCAUGGACAACUUCGAAUACCUGACCCGCGAUUCCUCCAUCCUGGGACCUCACCAUCUGGAUGAGUUUGUCCGGAUCUGGGCAGAGUAUGACAGAGCAGCGUGUGGCCGAAUCCAUUACACUGAGAUGUAUGAAAUGCUGACUCUUAUGUCACCACCGCUAGGCCUCGGCAAGAGAUGUCCUUCCAAAGUGGCCUAUAAGAGACUGGUGCUGAUGAACAUGCCCGUGGCCGAGGACAUGACAGUCCACUUCACCUCCACCCUGAUGGCGCUGAUACGCACCGCCCUGGACAUCAAAAUCGCCAAAGGUGGUGCAGACUGGCAGCAGUUAGACUCCGAGCUUCAAAAGGAGAUCCUGACCAUUUGGCCUCACCUGUCUCAGAAGAUGCUCGACCUGUUGGUACCCAUGCCAAAAACCUCUGACCUGACUGUUGGCAAAAUCUACGCAGCCAUGAUGAUCAUGGACUACUACAAGCAGAGCAAAGCGAAGAAGCAGAGGCAGCAGCUGGAGGAGCAGAAAAACGCGCCCAUGUUCCAGCGCAUGGAGCCCUCCUCUUUGCCUCAGGAAAUCAUCUCAAAUGCGAAGGCUCUGCCUUACCUCCAGCAGGACACCCUCUCGGGCCUGAGCAGCCGGAGCGGGUUCCCCUCGCUGAGCCCGCUCUCGCCGCAGGAGAUCUUCCAGCUGGCGUGCAUGGAUCCGGCCCACGGGCAGUUCCAGGAGCACCAGUCUCUGGAGCCAGAGGUUAGGGAGUUUCAAAGAGUGCAGCCCUCUAACCGUGGCAGCUACCUUCCCGUGGACACUCAGGACCACGCUGUAUCUGGGAGGGCCUCCUCCAUGCCUCGUCUCACUGUGGAUCCCCAGGUGGUGACAGACACCAGCUCGAUGCGGCGGUCGUUUUCCACCAUCCGGGACAAGCGCACCAACACCUCCUGGCUGGACGAGUUCUCCAUGGAGCGCAGCAGCGACAACACCUACAAGUCCCGCCGGCGCAGCUACCACUCCUCGCUCCAGCUCUCCUCCCGGCGCCUCAACGCUGACUCGGGCCACAGGUCCGACGGGCAUCGCUCGGGCGGCAGGGAGCGGGGCCGAUCCAAAGAGCGCAAGCACUUGCUGUCCCCCGACAUCUCCCGCUGCAAUUCGGAGGAGAGGAGUCCCCAGGCGCACGACGAGUCCCCGGAGCGGCGGCGCGAGUCCCGGUCACCCAGCGAGGGCAGAUCGCAGACACCCAACAGGCAGGGAACGGGCUCGCUGAGCGAAAGCUCCAUCCCCUCCAUCUCGGACACCAGCACGCCCCGGCGAGGCCGCCGCCAGCUCCCCCCGGUGCCCCCCAAACCGCGUCCCCUCCUCUCCUACGCCUCCAUGCUGCGGCACGCCGCCGGAGACGCCUCGCCGCCCCCCGAGGAGACCGAAGGGGGGUCCCCGCUCCUCUCCAAGGAGCCCAACGCCGCCGGCCUGACCGAGUCUUCCAGCUCCCCGGCGGGGAAGCCGAGCCGGCCGUCCACCCCGCAGCGCUACAUCUCGGAGCCCUACCUGGCCCUGCACGACGACUCGCACGCCUCGGACUGCGGCGAGGAGGAGACGCUCACCUUCGAGGCGGCCGUGGCCACCAGCCUGGGCCGCUCCAACACCAUCGGCUCGGCCCCGCCGCUGCGGCACAGCUGGCAGAUGCCCAACGGGCACUACCGGCGGCGGAGGCGAGGGGCCGGGCAGGGCGUGAUGUGCGGGGCCAGCAUCGACGUGCUCAGCGACACCGAGGAAGACGACAAGUGCUAGAAGGCUGCGCACCCCCCGCCGCCGCCACCGCCCCCGCCGCCCUGCCCUCCCCAAUGCAUGCUCUUCGCCGCGCCUGGGAAUGAAAUGAAACCAAAACCAAACGCAAGGGGAAAAUGAAAAAAAAAACAAAAACAAAAACAAACAAAAAAAAGAAAACCCAACUGACCGGAAUGGGGGAAAAAAAAGUCUUUGUGCAAAAAAAAAAAAAAAUUAAAAUCUGUCGACUUUCAUUUAUUACGAUCACUUUUUUUUUUUUCUGCACAGAGAAGCAUUUGACCAGAGGUGGAGUGGCCCCGGCCGGGGACCAGCAAGAGCCCCAGGACCCGGGAAGGCUCGUGACGAUGGUUUUCUGCUCCCCGCGGCCGGAAAAACCCCAGCAAGGGGGUCCCAGGGCUCAGUCGCUCGGGUUUGUGCUGCCGUGGCUUUGAGCCUCCAUCCCCAAGGGUCUCAGACCGGCCCGGGGAAGGGGCGAGGUGCGGGGGGCCAGGGUGCACGAGGCGGCUAGGAGUGGCUGUGCCUGCCCCAAUGGGCCACGCCAAAGCCAACUGGUUUGUACUGGGGCAGACGGGAGCAGCGAGGGGGGCUCGGCGCUGCCGAAUGUAUCCCGUCUCACACCGACCUAGCUGUAUUUCUACACGGAGAACUCUAGGUGUGCCUGUGCGUGUAUAUACGGUAUGUGUGUGUAUAUAUAUUUAUAUGCUGUAUAUAUAAAGAUAUACACAUACAUGGAUUCGUUUUAGUCAUCUGACCAAGCCUCUCUGGGGUUCGCUGCAUGUCGGUGGAUGUAACGGAGAAGCAGGGAUGUCCCCCCUGGUCCCCUUGUCCUCCCGGUCCCCUUGUCCCCUGACAAUCACAGCGGUGGGAAUCGCGCUUUCUGCCUUAGAGGUGGCCUGGCCAUGCCGUGCGGUGGCAGCAGGAGCGGGAUGCCCCAUGCUGGUGCAUUAAUUAAUCUGGUAAUUACAUGGUGGCCCCAUGGUGCCUGGUGUCCCACCCUGGCCGUGAGUUUUGUCCGUGGUGAGCCGGAGUACGGCCGUGGGGAGCAGGAGGGUGCUGCUCCCUCCGGAGUGCUGCGGGCCGGAGGUCUGGAUGGUGCUGAGUUGGUGUGCUUAGCUGGUGCGUGCCCGCCAGGGAGGUGACGGACCUCAUCCUGCCCUUCUCGUGCUGUGCUUGGUGUCCCCGGGGCUGCCCCCGGCACCUCUGGCUGGCCAGGCUUGGCUUUGGUCCCCGUUGCUCCCCACCGAGAGAUGCUAUGGGCACGCACGGCCCCGCUCCUGCAUGUGCAGAUCAGUCCCUGCCCCCAGGGAGCUCCCCCAAAGCUGCUCUGCUUUGCAAGAAGCAAAUCCUGCCCCAUGCCAGGCUUCGUCAUGAACCAAAACCCCUUUUUCUAAUGGCCAAAGUGCCCUCUGCUCACCCAGGAAAGGGGUUUCUCCGGUGGAACCAAACCCCUACUGCCUCACUGCCCCUGCCGGUGGGUGCACCUCUGCUGGUCCUGCCAGCCCCGUGCCAGCCCCGUGUUUUUUCUGAUCAGACACUUCCAGCUGCAAAACGGUUCCCGAAGUCCCCAGAAAACCCACUCCAUCACUGUCCCAGCCUCCGUGCUUGGGGACGAGCCAUGUCCCGUGGGGGACAGGGACGCAGAUGGGGCUGGCAGUGCUGCAGGAGGAGAUGCUGUACGUCCCUUAAAUGUAGGUGCUGGCACGGCCUCCUUCCAAACGCAGCGAGGAAGAGCCCAAGGGCAGGGGAGGAGGCAGCUCUUUGUGUCUGGCGCUGUGACCACCGGUGGCAGGGGCUUGGGCGUGCAAGGAGGCGACAUCGCACCAGUCGGGGAACCCGAGCUUUGCUACCUGAGGCCUGUGUUUUACCGACAUACGGAAACUGUACAAAGCAAACCACAGCCUGUUUUUUUUGUUAUUUUUUCCCUUGGGGGGGCACGAAGAUGCCCCGAUCCUGCCUCUCCCGCAGCAGCCAUCAAUCCUGCUCCCGCGGCAGGCAGGGACACGCGGGGCCGAGGCGCCUCCAAAGCAAGCCUGCGAAACCAAAAACGACCCCGGGAGAACCACAGGAAAGACUCCGCCGAGGGGGGAGCGGAACCAGCCCCCGGGCACUGUUGCAGCCCGCAGCGCUCUUUCGAAGUCGCUGGACUCACGUUGCUGCUGCACAACCUCUCUUCCCUGGCUUUUUGGACCAUUCCUCCAGCUCCGAGCCCCCGAUCUGCCGUCAGUGGUCGU